AAGCCCUGACAAUCGCUAUCAUCUCUGUGCGAUGCUUCAGUCAGCUCAUUAAGUAACCAGUGAACUUAAGUCAGAUGUAGCAAUUAGUCAUGUAGGCAACACAUUGUGUUUAAAACACUACUGCAUAUUGGAAGGCCCUGGUACGGAUCGCAUUGUUUUGGACACGUGCUUUUGAGAUGCUCCAUAACAAUGACACAAGGACCCUGUUGAUCACUGUCCUUUUGUCUGUUUCAUGCCUUCAUAUUCGUCUGCAGAAACUACUGAGUACUCCACCUCUACAACUCUUGAUGCGCCCAUACGGCUGGCUGGGGGUGGCUCCUCGUGUCAGGGCCGGGUGGAGGUGUUCUACGGCGGCACGUGGGGCACGGUGUGCGAUGACAUCUGGAAUCUGCAGCACGCCCAGGUCGUGUGUCGCCAGCUGGGCUGUGGCUACGCUGUGGCUGCGUUGUCCUUUGCUCACUUCGGACCGGGCGAUGGUCCGAUCUGGCUCGACGAUGUCCAGUGUUCUGGCUUCGAGCCUGAGCUCUCCUCCUGUCAGCAUCCUUCCUGGGGGCGUCACGACUGUGUCCAUCAGGAGGAUGCCUCUGUCAUCUGCUCGCAAGAUUGGUCGUCUGCAGAAACUACUACUUACGCCACCACUACAACUCCUGAAUCUACUACCCUCCAAUCUACAUCUACUGAAUCUACUACCCUCCCAUAUUGGUGCCAGUCAUACCCCUGUCAAAAUGGCGGCACCUGUACAUUCACCUGGUCGUAUCCCUACUACCAGUGCUUUUGCCCUCCAGGAUCAUAUGGCAGCAACUGUGAAUACGGAACUAUAACUCCUGAAUCUACUACCCUCCAAUCUACAUCUACUGAAUCGAAUACCCUCCCAUAUUGGUGCCAGUCAUACCCCUGUCAAAAUGGCGGCACCUGUACAUUCACCUGGUCGUAUCCCUACUACCAGUGCUUUUGCCCUCCAGGAUCAUAUGGCAGCAACUGUGAAUACGGAACUAUAACUCCUGAAUCUACUACCCUCCAAUCUACAUCUACUGAAUCUACUACCCUCCCAUAUUGGUGCCAGUCAUACCCCUGUCAAAAUGGCGGCACCUGUACAUUCACCUGGUCGUAUCCCUACUACCAGUGCUUUUGCCCUCCAGGAUCAUAUGGCAGCAACUGUGAAUACGGAACUAUAACUCCUGAAUCUACUACCCUCCAAUCUACAUCUACUGAAUCGAAUACCCUCCCAUAUUGGUGCCAGUCAUACCCCUGUCAAAAUGGCGGCACCUGUACAUUCACCUGGUCGUAUCCCUACUACCAGUGCUUUUGCCCUCCAGGAUCAUAUGGCAGCAACUGUGAAUACGGAACUACAACUCCUGAAUCUACUACCCUCCAAUCUACAUCUACUGAAUCGAAUACCCUCCCAUAUUGGUGCCAGUCAUACCCCUGUCAAAAUGGCGGCACCUGUGCAUUCACCUGGUCGUAUCCCUACUACCAGUGCUUUUGCCCUCCAGGAUCAUAUGGCAGCAACUGUGAAUACGAAACUACAACUCCUGAAUCUACUACCCUCCCAUAUUGGUGCCAGUCAUACCCCUGUCAAAAUGGCGGCACCUGUACAUUCUACUGGUGGUAUCCCUACUACCAGUGCUUUUGCCCUCCAGGAUCAUAUGGCAGCAACUGUGAAUACGAAACUACAACUCCUGAAACUACUACUUACUCCACCUUGUCAACUACUGCAGAACCUGAUCGCACAACUUCUCCUGGACCUGUCGGUUGCCAGUCCUACCCGUGCCUUAACGGUGGUACUUGUGAGGAUCGGUGGUCCUACCCCAGCCACUGGUGCUACUGCAGCCCACCGUGGACCGGCAGCAACUGUGAAUAUGUGAUCACGACUGAACUUGCUCAUACGACUACUCCUGGACCUGUCGGUUGCCAGUCCUACCCGUGCCUUAACGGUGGUACUUGUGAGGAUCGGUGGUCCUACCCCAGCCACUGGUGCUACUGCAGCCCACCGUGGACCGGCAGCAACUGUGAUUAUGAUCUUGCUCAUACGACUACUCCUGGACCUGUCGGUUGCCAGUCCUACCCGUGCCUUAACGGUGGUACUUGUAAUGAUCAGUGGUCCUACCCCGGCCACUGGUGCGACUGCAGCCCACCGUGGACCGGCAGCAACUGUGAAUAUGUGAUCACGACUGAACUUGCUCAUACGACUACUCCUGGACCUGUCGGUUGCCAGUCCUACCCGUGCCUUAACGGUGGUACUUGUGAGGAUCGGUGGUCCUACCCCAGCCACUGGUGCUACUGCAGCCCACCGUGGACCGGCAGCAACUGUGAUUAUGAUCUUGCUCAUACGACUACUCCUGGACCUGUCGGUUGCCAGUCCUACCCGUGCCUUAACGGUGGUACUUGUAAUGAUCAGUGGUCCUACCCCGGCCACUGGUGCGACUGCAGCCCACCGUGGACCGGCAGCAACUGUGAAUAUGUGAUCACGACUGAACCUUAUCGCACAACCUCUCCUGGACCUGUCGGUUGCCAGUCCUACCCGUGCCUUAACGGUGGUACUUGUGAGGAUCGGUGGUCCUACCCCGACCACUGGUGCUACUGCAGCCCACCGUGGACCGGCAGCAACUGUGAAUAUGAACCACCUACCGCUCCACCCGCCGUGAAGCUGAUGAACUGCACGUCGCGCUACAUGGAGCUGCAGAUCCCGCUGAGCGAACUGAGCGAGCUCGGCCUCUCGUCGUCCGACGUCCACCUGGAGGACCCCUCGUGCCUUGGCUCCAUCUCGGGGCAGUACCUGGUCCUGCACACCGACCUGCACGGCUGUGGCUCCACGCUGGAGACAACCGAUGCCAACACCAUCGUGUACUCGAACACGGCCUACGGCUUCGUGCACGGAACCCGAGUCAAGAAACUGCGCGUCCCCAUGCGCUGCUACAUCGGCUCCGAGGGAAAGGUCAUCGCGAGCUUCGCUCCCAGGGUGUACGACAAGUACAGCUCGGGCACCUUCGACCUGAGCAUCGCCAUCUACACCAGCCAGGCCUUCGGCCAGGCCGUCCGCGCGUACCCAUUCCAGGUGGACCUCGGAGCCCCGAUCUACGCAGAGGUGCUGCUCAACUCCUACGAUAACAGCCUGCAGCUCCUGCUGGAGACGUGCAAGGCUUCCCCGUACCCAGGCGCCACCGACAGCGAGUCCUACUUCAUAAUUCGAGAUGGGUGCCAGGUGGAUCCUUCCUACACCACCUACUACAGCGGCGACGAGAAGAGGCAGCACUUCAGCUUCCAGAGCGUGGAGUUCUUCAGCGGAUCCCAGGUGUACCUGGAGUGCAACGUGCGCGUGUGCAACAUCUCGGACGUGAGCUCGCGCUGCCGGCGAGGGUGCGUGCGGUCCAAGCGGUCCGUGCGUGACCUCGUCAGCCGGGAGAAUCGCGCCGAGCACAAAGUGGACCUCUCCCAGGGCCCCGUGCUGCUCCGCAAGUCGCGCCAGGCUUCCGAAGUGAGCGGCUCGCUAUCCGGAAUGGUGUACGCGCUCGCUUCUGCUCUGACCGUGGCCGCUGUGUGCGUGGCCGUGGUGAAGAUCUCCCGCAUGCACAGCGCCGGCGCCCAGUACCAACUUCUCGUGCCCACCGAGGAGUGAAGAAGGGGCCAGAGGUCGCGCACUAUUUAACCAGGGGCUCGCACCUUCCUUCCUAAUCCUUCCUUCUGCCUAAUUGCACAUGUAAUCUAAUCGUUGGAGAGCGCUGAUCAAAUACUUUUUCGUGCGAUCGAGAAGCACAACUGCUUUUUGUGUUUAGUUUGUUGUCCUUUCCCGGCAACUCCGAUUGGCUACGAAAGAAGUUCAACGUACACUUUCAUAACAACUUUGAUUUGAACUCGCAAAGUCUCAGGUUUUAUCACGAAGGUGGUUUGUGACGAUCAUGCACUGAAUGAUACCGGGGUGUACCAUUAGGAUGCGCUAACGCUCCGCGCGCGAUAAUAUCCACAAUCUCUGCUGAGUUGAUGUAAGGAUGAGCUGAGUGCUGUUCGCAGUGUGUGGUGUGUUCAGUGGUGUGAUCGAGCACCAGGCGUAAAACAUUUUGAUUCCAACAAUACGUAUCGAGUGCCAUAUGUCAAUAGGAGAGCACUUACAUUUAUAUCUGAUUAAGCAAUUGUUUAAAAAAUGUUGAUUGCUCUGAUUGAAGAUGAUGGACCUGACUGGGCGUGUCCGUGUUUAGAUCUGCUCAUUAAACGCACUUUUAUCUGCAAAA